AUGGCACUCUCCAAGGCUGAGCGCGCGCAGCUCCAACGGCUUCUUACUGGCGUCGGCGAACUGGAGGAGUCGCGCCCACGGCGUCGGUUUGUUUCAUCAAGAACAAAGAUGAUGAUGCUUCGGAGUCCAAUCCACGUAUCGGAGCUUUGCCAUCGCUUGCAAACCUUUCCGUUCUUCUCGAAUUCCCAUCGGGACUUUCUUUCAUUGCUCUCGAGAGAGCUGGACAUCCGGAUAUUUCACCCGGGCCAGACAGUACUUCGAGAGGGCGAAUAUGGGGAGAUGACCUACAUUCUUGUCCAUGGAGAGGUGGAGGUUAUGACGGAACAGAUGGCAUUGACAGAGGGCAGCACGCCGAUCCGCAUCAAAGCACCAAACAUUUUCGGGGAGAGCCCGUUGCUUCUCGGGGCGCCAGCAAGGCGAACUGCCACUGUCAUUGCCCGGGCAAUUUGUGAUGCACGUAUGGUUCAUCAGAGGAUCUUCAACCAACUGUUGAGUCACUUUCCAGAUGAGAAGAGCGUGUACAAAAAGAUGGCAAAGGACCGAUACGGCAAGAGACCGAGGACGAGGAAAACUGUGUCAGCUUCCUCCAACGAAGCGAAGGAUACCCGGCCACCUUCUGUUGCGUCCAUUUUGGAGGAUCCCAAAAUGAUGACCAGAGAAAAGGAGGUCAAUGAGUCGGAGAGCAAGCUGAAAGCAAAAAAGAGCAAGGCGCAGGCAAGCGGCACAAGCGCGAUGUCCAAAGACUUGCACCUACCACCGCUAUCUGCUGAAAAGAAGCGCUAG